CUUUGCAGAGCGGAACGCCACCAAAUAAAGCAGAAUCGGCACACAUAGCAGCGCAAUUUGCCGCAGAAGUAGCAAAAAAAGCAGCAGAAAAGGAUACUAUGGAAAUAGAGACAGUAGAUAAUGUAGUUAGGACUAAUAAACCAAGUGAGUCUAGCUCUAGUAAUGUAAUAAAUAGUGUUAGUAGAGAAAGUAAAGAUAAAUUGAACAAUAGCAUAGCAAGUAAGGCCGAGUCAGUGAAUAGUGAAACAGUGGACAGUGUUGGAAAGGCAGUUCCUGAAUCAGUGGAGGUCACCAAACCUCAGCCCAAACAGCAGCAGCAACAGCAGCAGCAGCAGCAGCAGCAGCAGCAGCAGCAGCAGCAGCAGCAGCAGCAGCAAGACUCUCAGCCAUUGCCACCACAGCCGAUGCCUCAGCAAGCUCAGCAGCCUUUGCAGCAGUUGUCACAGCAGCCACCACAACAGUUGCCACAGCAGCAACCACCACCACCACCACAACAUCAGCCACAGCAGCCACCACCGCAGAUACAGCAACAGCCCCCACAGCAUCAAGCACAGCAUCAACCACAGAAGCAGAAGUCCCCAGCUCCACAGCAGCCAGUACAGCCCCAGGCACAGCCCCAGGCACAGCCACAGCCCCAGGCACAGCCCCAGGCACAGCCACAGCCCCAAGCACAGCCCCAGCCCCAGCCGCAGCCCCAGCCCCAGCCGCAGCCCCAACCUCAGUCCCAGCCGCCCCCACAGCAACAGCAGCAGCAGCAGGCUCAGCCCCAGGCCCCGCCCCCACACCAGCCCCAGAUGCCCCCCCAGGCCCAGCCACAGGUCGCCCCACAGGCCCAGCCGAAGGCGCAGCCCCAACCCCAGGCACCGGCCCAGCCACCACCGCAGAAGCCAGUACAGCAGCAGCAGCAGCUGCAACAGCCGUUGCCAGCAUUGCCACAGCAGCCGUCAGAACCAACCCCUCCUCAGACACAACCGCAGCAGCAGCCACUGCCGCAGAGGCAACAGCAACCACAACAGUCACAGCAACAGCCGUCACCACCACAACAGCAACAACAGCAGCAGCAGCAGCAGCAGCAACAGCAACCCCCACCCCAACAGCAGCUACAGAACUCGCAGCCGCCUCAGCCGCAAGGCCAGAAGCGCCCCGAGCCCUCGCCGAAGCCGGAGAUCGUGGUGCCGCCUUUGAAGAUUCCUCAGCAGCCCGAGGCCAAGGAGAGCGCGGCCAGCAAGCCUGAGCCCGAGGCGACCCCCGCCAAGCAGACGAGCAGCAAGGCCGCCCCUGCGCCCGCGCCCAAGCAGAAGGAGAAGGAGCCCACGCCGGAGCCGCAGCCAGUGCAAGGCAAGCGUGGAAGGGGGGUUCCCCGAGAAGAAACCACACCAGCCAGAGAGACUGUGGAGGAGCCCCCAGCUCAGCCCCAGCAGCCGCAGUUACCAAGCCAACCCCAGAAGGCUGCAACACCACCUGCAGCUCAAAAUGCCACCAAACCCACUAGCCAGCCUGUUGUUCAGCCUCCAAAGGAGAAGACACCAGAGCUAGCUCAGCCUGUGAAAUCACAGUUGCCACCAGUGCAGAAGCCGGCAUCCGCUCCCUCCUCCAAAGAGGCAACACCCCAGCCAGAGUGCUCCCCCUCCCCCCCUGAGGAGGUGCCUAGUGACCGUGCCUCAAAGGAGAGGGAAGUGAACAGCAUAGAGCGAGAAGUCAACAAUGUUCAUGAUGAUGAGGAGGAGAAGAAGGAUGAUGGCCCUCAGCUGAAGUACAACUAUAAGGAUGAUCAGUGGAGCCCUGUAAAUCCUGAAGGUAAACGUCAGUAUGACCGCAGAUUUCUCCUUGAGCUCCAGAAUAACCCACUCUCCCUUAAGAAGCCCGAGUCCCUCCCCAACUUGGAGGUGGUCCGUGAUGGGCCAGGAAGGCUUAAGCCUUUCGACCGGGGUGUAGGGGUUUCACAUGGCAGCAGCGGCCCAGACUUUACUCCUGAUUACUUCAAGUCUACAGUUCCAAGCAAGAGAGGAGUACCAGGGCGCAAUAGCCAACAGCGCCGAGAACCAGGAGGUGGACCUGGGAGCAGAAACGACCGAGGAGGAAGUGGCCGUGGACAGAGCAAGGUCAUCAUCAUCCCUCUCUCAACGGGACGUGAAACUAAGCUGAAGACAACAGAAAAUGCUUGGAAACCUUCUGUUAAGGAGUCCAAUAUUAAUGAUGAGGAAGCUCAGACUAUUGAGGUGGUGAAGAGGAUGAGAGGCAUCUUGAAUAAAUUGACUCCAGAGAAGUUUGAGAAACUUGUUGAUACAGUCAAUCAGAUGCCCAUUGACACCACAGAAAGACUUUCAGCUGUGAUUGAUCUUAUUUUUGAAAAGGCUGUGGAUGAGCAAGGUUUUUCUUCAACCUAUGCUCAGAUGUGUCAAGUACUCUCCAAAAUGUCUGUCCGUGGGGAAGGUUCAGACUCCAGCAACAGUGGCAAGUCUGAAGUUAAAUUUAGGAAUCUUAUAAUUAAUAAGUGCCAGAAGGAGUUUGAAAAAGAUAAUAUGGAAGAAUUUAAGGCGACCAGACGGAAAGAAAUAGAUGAAUGUUCUGAUGCUGAGAAGAAACAAGAAUUGUUAUUGAAAUUAGAUUAUGAUGAGACCAAAUUAAGAAAAAGGUCUGUAGGCAACAUUAGGUUUAUUGGAGAGCUCUAUAAACUACGCAUGUUGACGUCACCGAUUAUGAUGCGCAUUAUCGGUACACUAUUGGAAAAGAGAGAUGAAGAGUCCCUUGAGUGCCUAUGUAAACUUCUUACUACAAUUGGCAAGCUCUUGGAAACACAGUGCAACCAGCAACCAAAGGCAAUGGUAAGUGGGCAGUUAACUCCUUUGCUGAGAAGAAAACAAGAAUUGUUAUUGAAAUUAGAUUAUGAUGAGACCAAAUUAAGAAAAAGGUCUGUAGGCAACAUUAGGUUUAUUGGAGAGCUCUAUAAACUACGCAUGUUGACGUCACCGAUUAUGAUGCGCAUUAUCGGUACACUGUUGGAAAAGAGAGAUGAAGAGUCCCUUGAGUGCCUAUGUAAACUUCUUACUACAAUUGGCAAGCUCUUGGAAACACAGUGCAACCAGCAACCAAAGGCAAUGCAAGAAUUGGAUAAACAUUUUGUACAGAUGGAGAAAAUAGUGAACGACCGCUUGACCAAUAGCCGUGUUAGGUUCCUAAUGAUGGAUGUGAUUGACUUGAGGCGAAACAAGUGGAUUCCAAGAAGAGAAGACAACAAGCCCAAAACCAAGGCUGAGGUCCAUGAGGAAGCAAAGAGAGAGGAGAUUGAGCAGCAGAUUGCCCUUGCUUCUACUCCAAACCGUAGGGAUGAAAGGAGAGAUGACCGCGACCGUAAGCGGAGCCGUGAUAACCGCGGUCCUCCUAUGUCUGAGGAUGGAUGGAAUACAGUUGCAUCCACCAAGAAUAGGGCAUCAUUUGAUUCUUCACGCCUCAAAAAUACUUUCAAUAGGCCGGGAGCAGCCGAGGGCAAGGAAGUAACAUUGAGAGGCACAGGAUUCAGCAGUUGGGCACGUGGCAGCUCAGGGGGUGGCUUGAAGGACCACGAUGAAACAAAGCAAGAAAGUAAUAGGUUUAAUGUGCUGGGAGAUAGUAUGGGAAACAACUCUCUACUUAAUGAUAAUAGAAGAGGAAUUCCUUCAUCAAUGGGGCUAAUGUCCCGUUCCAGUGGAAACAGACUGGCUCCUGGAGGAGGGCCACCAAGGCAAGGUGUCUUUAGCAGUAAGAGUAUGCCGCCUCCUUCCAAUGACAAGGAAAGUGCCUUGUCUGCAGUCAAGAAGUUUGUUGGCCCUGACCGAAGCAAAUCUACUAGUCGUCCAGAAUCAAGGGAUAACUCAGUGCCUAGGGAAACUGGUGAAUCUCUUAAGGGUUCUCCAAAUAUUAAUUCAACAAUGGCUGAAAAGUUGGCCAUUGCAAUCAUUGAGGAAUUCACCCACAAUAAUGAUCCUGAGGAGGCCAAGUUGUGUGUCAAAGAGAAGUUCUCCACCAACACCAUCAAGUACUUUGUGCAGGUAACGUUAGAUUGGGUGCUAGAUCGUGACUCGACAAAGAGGAGGAUGGUUGGACAGUUUUAUCAUGACCUCAUUGUUGAAAAACUCCUCUCGGUUGAUCAGUUCCUAGAAGGUGGCCAAGAAACUCUGUCAAUGACAGAAGAUUUUGCAAUUGAUAUUCCUCAAGUGUGUGAUUACUUUGGUGAAAUAUUUGCUCCUUGCCUGAAUGACAAUGCAGUUUCACUUCAACGACUCUGGGAUUUAUCAAGAUAUGCUGAAAAUAAGAGUGCUGAUGUCUUUGCCAGUAUAUUAGCCAAGGCUGCUAAGAUUAUUAGUCCCAAUAAAGUAGCCGACCUCUGGAAUUCAUCUGGACUAAGUUGGUCUAGUAUAGUUCCUCCUGGUGCCAAUGUUGAGGAGUUCCUUGCCAAGCGUCAUGUGGAGUUCACAGUUGACCGUAGCAAGUCUGGAAAUCAAGGUGGAUGGAACCCUCAGAAGGUUGAGGCUGAGAUUAUUAGGUUGUUUAAGAGAGCAACUAAUGAAGAAAUAUUCAGCUGGAUUGAUGCAAAUAUUGGAAAAGAUGUUAAGAGCAGCAAAUUCAUACGUGCCUUGGUGACCGCCUUAGUGGAAAGUCAAGCUAUGACUUCCAAUGAUGGUUCCUCAAUCCGUGUUACUGAAGACUUUGAGGUGAAAUUGAAGAAACAUUUGGCUGUGGUGCUCAAAUAUGUGGACAGCAGUGACAAGUUAGAACUACAGUGUAUUUAUGCUCUACAAGCUAUCAGUGUGAAGCAUCAACAUCCCCCAGGUCUUCUAGAAAAGUGUUUUAAUGCCUUCUAUGACUAUGAAGUCGUGUCUGAAGAGGCCUUUGAUGAGUGGGCCAAGUCUCUGGAUCCAGAGGAGCAGGAGGGAAAAGGAGUUUGUGUCAACCUUGUUAAGAGCUUCAUGCGAUGGUUAAAAGAAGCUGAAGUAGAAGAAGGAGAAACUCAUACCUAAGCUCCUUUUAAAUAUGAACCCUAUAAUCUUCCCUCAGUAGCUGCCCACUAUACCAGGUCAAGUUCUUUUGUAACUGAUGGACGCGGAUAUACAAGGAAAUGUGAGCAAAGAUGAAGUGAAGUUGGAGCCAAAGCCAGAUAUAAUUGCGCCACAAUCUAGUGAAGUGUCGAGCCUGGCAGAAGAGGCAGAUGCUGCUAUAUAUACACCCACCCUUUUCCCCUUAAAGUGAUGGGGUGCCACUGGCUGGAGCUCGGACCGUCUCCCUGUUGUCUCGCUCUCGGAAGGAGAGAGAGCUACACUGCAGGCAAGACCUGAGUGAUGGCUGGAGCAUGAGGUGGACUCGGACUUAGUCAUGCUGCCCUAAUGUGUUUUUUAUAUUGUAAAUUAGUGCAUAUGCACACGGACAAAUGGUUAAUAGUGUUCUGUGAAAGUGCGUAUAGUGAGUUAUAAGAAUGUUUUGUAAUAUUUGCUAGGGUGAGCAUCAGUUGCAUAUUAAUUGUUAUUGUGUUAUAAAAUAGUAAAAUGGAAAACUGCAUUCCCUUCACUUCCAAGAUAAUGAGUGAUUGUAUAGAGGAUAUAUGCAUUUAGAUACUUGAAGCUCAGUUACUUGUUUACAGCUUGGCUCCUCAUAUGUUUUGUAAAUUAUGGCUCAAAUUCUGUGAUUUAUUUUGUAUAUUUAUAUAAAUAUUUAAAAAGUCAUGUACAGACCCGAGCAUGUGCCUAUGGCUGGAGGAUAUGCUUGCUGGCUGCUGUCAACUCAUGAACUCUCCCAUUAUUCAGGGACAUCGACCCACUGUUGAGUUUGAAUAUGCAAAAUGUGACAUUUGCAACCUGCAGCGAGUCGCUGUGUGUCCCGUUGAGUGCUUGCUACUCUGCUAGUUGUUAUGCCGAGGCAGCCGGGCCCCGGCCUGUGCCCUGGACUGUGUGACCUACAGGCAUGGCAGUGAUCUCCCAUGACCAUGCCUGACACGACCAUCCCCUUCCUAGGCAGACGCUUGAUCCGUGCUGUCCCUUUUUUGCUGCUGCUGUGCUUUGCUACAGAUUACAGUGAUUGCUGCCCUGUUAUGAGUACAUUUUUUGUGGCAUAAAUACUGUGACCUGUUUUGACCAGACGGACUCGUGACCACGUGCUAAUUAGUGAGUUGGGCACAGGACGGAGUUCAACUUCUCGUAUCGUUAAUGCGGUAAUAUAAGCAAAAUGGAAAACUGGGGUUAUAUUUAAGAUGAAGUGCUAUAAAUGAAUAUUGUAAACCAUAUCGCCUCUGAAAAUAAAUUUAAUAUUUACAAA